ACCACUAAUAUCAGUCACUCGCUCGAUUGACAUUUUGUAUUGACUAUUUAUUUUGACGUCUCGUGAAAUCGUGAGCAAGUGGUGAGCAAUUGAAUAGCAAAGAGAAAGCGUUUUGAUAAUUACAGCGAGCCACAGAAAUGUGUACAUAAUAAGAUGGAUCUAGCUAAAUCGCUGUUUAGUUCGCGUGACCACGUCGGCUACGUGGGACGUGAAGAUCACGAACGUAAAAUAAGUGCAGCUUUAGCAGACGAUGACCCUGAAGAUGUGAUCGAUGCUAUAAGAAGCUUAAAUUUAGCUGAGGAGCUCCUUCCUGCGCCAGGCGGACCCUUCUCAGCACUGACUCCGAGUAUGGUUCCACAAGACAUAAUGGCCAAAUUAGCACAACCGGAAUCAGAAGGCCACGGUGGAGGUCUCCCUGACUAUAGUUUUGAUGAAUUCGGUUUUUGUGUUGAUGAAGAAGACGGGCCUGAACAAAGCUCAAACAAACUUCUUGCAAAUGUGUUUGUUGAAGAUGACCAACACCGCUUGGAGUGGGAAUUUUACAGUAAAGAAAUAAAUUUUACAGAAGGUGAUGGAAAAUUGGAAAAGACAGAAAAACUACAGAAAAUGGUUAAAGAUGGCGUGCCACAUUCUCUUCGCCCUCAAGUUUGGAUGCACCUUUGUGGUGCAAAUAAAAAAAGAAAAUCAACAGAGAUUACUUACCAUGAAAUUGUUCGUGCCUCAAGUGAUGAUGGACUAGUAACUAGUAAACAAAUUGAAAAAGAUUUGGUUCAGAUCCUGCCAAAUAAUGUGUGCUUUUCACAUCCAACAAGUACAGGGGUUCCAAGAUUACGGCGUAUUUUAAGAGCACUGGCUUGGUUGUAUCCUGACAUUGGAUAUUGCCAAGGAACUGGAAUGAUUGCUGCAUCACUCUUGCUUUUGAUGGAGGAAGAAGAUGCAUUUUGGAUUAUGUGUACUACUGUGGAAGAUCUUCUACCUGCAUCUUAUUACUCAUCAACUUUAAUUGGAAUUCAAGCUGACCAAAAAGUUCUAAGGAGCCUUAUUUCAACAUAUCUACCUGGUAUUGACCAAGUACUAAAUGCUCAUGAUAUUGAGCUUUCUCUCAUUACAAUGCACUGGUUUUUAACCUUGUAUGCAAAUGUGGUUCACAUGAAAAUAUUACUUAGAAUUUGGGACUUAUUCUUCUUAGAUGGUUCUAUUGUUCUUUUCAAAGCUACAUUGGCUAUGCUGAAAAUAAAAGAAAAUAGAUUUACUGAAAUUUCAAAUUCUGCACAAAUAUUUAAUGCUUUGUCUGACAUUCCUGGUGAAAUAGAUGAUGUUGAUCUUUUGAUCAAAACAAUUGAUGAAGUUUGUGGUGACACUUUAAGUCCGACACUGAUUGAAACUCACAGAAGAAGACAUUUGGCAUAUCUUAUGGCAGACCAAGGAGCUCUUGUUGGUAACCCUAGUGCAGUACCAAACCUCCCGAAGCAGCAGCUUCAAAGGCGUCAAAUUAAAAGAAGCAAAUCUGUAAUACAAACAAUACUCUUUGGUGAGGACAGUAGUAGUGAUGAUUCUAUUUCUAAGAAUGUUAAACAAACUGAAAUUCUUGUUGACCUUAGGGAAGCUAUCCUUCAAGUUGCUCGUCAUUUCUUGGCUCUAGAAGCACAACUUGCAUCAGAAGUACAAUUAACUGCUGAUUAUACUAUGCAAAGCCACGCAGCAGAUAGAGAUAGAUAUGUUAAUGUAUCUCGAAGUAAAAGGCGACGAGCUAAGGCAUUAUUGGAUUUCGAAAGAAGGGAUGGUGAUGAAUUAGGAUUCAGGAAAAAUGAUGUAAUAGAAGUUAUCAGCUCCAGAGAUGAACAUUGCUGGAUUGGAGAACUAAAUGGCCUAAGAGGAUGGUUUCCUGCUAGAUUUGUAAAGCUGUUGGAUGAAAAAGGUGUUAAGUAUAGUAGAGCAGGAGAUGAUUCAGUAACAGAAAAAAUAGCUCAUUUGGUUAGAGGAGUUUUAGCACCAGCUUUUAAAAGGGUACUACUGCAUGGAAUUAAGCGGCCUAGCUUUAUGGAUGGACCAUGCCAUCCUUGGCUUUUUAUUGAAGAGGCUUCUUCAAGAGAAGUUGAAAAAGAUUUCAAUUCAGUGUACAGUCGGCUGGUGCUAUGUAAAACAUAUCGUUUAGAUGAAGAUGGAAAAGUAUUGACACCUGAGGAAUUGAUGUACAGAUGUGUGCAGGCAAUUAAUUUAUCCCAUGAUAAUGCUCACGCUCAAAUGGAUGUUAAGCUCCGUACUUUAAUCUGCAUGGGCCUAAAUGAGGAAGCUUUACAUUUAUGGUUAGAAGUCCUUUGUUCUUGUGUGGAUGUUGUUCAAAAAUGGUAUCAUCCAUGGUCUUUCAUAAACUCCCCUGGUUGGGUUCAAAUUAAAUGUGAGUUAAGAAUACUCUCACAGUUUGGAUUUAAUUUAAACCCAGAUUGGGAACUUCCUCUGAAGAAGGAUACCCAAAAUCAACCUUUAAAAGAAGGUGUUAGAGACAUGUUGGUCAAACACCAUUUGUUUUCAUGGGACUUGUGAAAGCAUUUUCUUUUAUACUUUUAUCAAAUAUUUUAGUGCAAUAAAAGCUAUUUGUAAAUAUUUUAAAAAAUCAAAUUUAUGUUAAAAGCACGGCU